AAAUGAGAGCAUGACCAGCAAACACAGCCACGAGCACCACCCCUAUGAUUAUAGAGUUCUUUAUCAUUUCUUUUUACUUAAUCGCUAACAUGAUCGAAGGUCUGCUGCCUGAUAACAAUCUCGAUAUAAACUUUUGACACGCCGCUUGCUCUGGUCAUUUGAUGUGUCAACGCUUCAUGGAUACGUCAGUGAUGAGGACUUGCGGUAUGCGGCCCGCCCCUCUUGCGCUGGCUGAGUGCUGAAAACUGCAUGUGGGCCGCUCUGCGGGUCCCAGUCCAGCUCCCGCCAUGGGAAAUACCGCCACCAAGUUUCGUAAAGCACUUAUCAGUGGAGAUGAAGGCCUGGCUUGUCAGCUCUAUGACAGCAACCCCCAAUUUAAAGAGUCUCUGGAGCCAAACGCGUCUUAUGGGGACCCCUAUCAACACAACACACCACUGCUCUAUGCCUCACGCCAUGCCAUGACGCGCCUCAUCAGGUCUUUCCUUUUCUCCAAAGAUGGAAACCCCAACAAGUGCAACAUUCACAAUGAGACGGCACUGCACCUGCUGUGUAUGGGUCCGCAGAUCAUGCUGUGUGAAGGAGCGCUUCAGCCACGGAUCAGCCGCCCACAAGAGGACCAGCAGAACCGGGCCGAGUGCCUCCAGAUGAUCCUGCAGUGGACCGGAGCCAAGCUGGACAAGGGCGAGUAUGAGAGAGUCAACGUCAACGCCACCGACAAAAGGAAGAGCACCUGCCUGCACUACGCAGCGGCCGCUGGCAUGAAGAACUGUGUUGAGCUGUUAGUGAAGAACGAUGCCGAUCUGUUCGUGGAGAACGAGGACAGGGAGACGCCGUGUGACUGUGCGGAGAAACAGCAUCACAAGGAGCUGGCGCUCAGUCUGGAGUCUCAGAUGGUUUUCUCUCAGGAUGCUGGAGCUCAGGAGAUCGAAGCAGAGUAUGCCGCCCUUGACCGACGAGAGCCAUAUGAGGGAUUGAAACUUCAGGACUUGCGUCGGCUGAAAGACAUGUUGAUAGUGGAGACGGCGGACAUGCUUCAGGCUCCUCUUUUCACGGCUGAGGCGCUUCUGCGAGCUCACGACUGGGACCGGGAAAAGCUUCUGGAGGACUGGAUGUCUAAUGCAGAGGACUGCUGCCAGCGCUCAGGUGUUCAGAUGCCAACUCCUCCGCCGAGUGGCUACAAUGCUUGGGACACUCUGCCUUCACCUCGAACUCCCAGAACCACUCGUUCCUCCGUCACCUCGCCUGAUGAUAUCAGCCUGCUGUCUCCUGCUGAUGGCCUUGCUCUGUGUGGAAUUUGCAUGUGCACCAUAUCUGUGUUUGAGGACCCUGUGGACAUGUCUUGUGGACACGAAUUCUGCCGGGCAUGCUGGGAAGGGUUUUUGAAUCUGAAGAUCCAAGAAGGGGAAGCACAUAACAUCUUUUGCCCUGCUUAUGACUGCUUCCAGCUGGUUCCUGUGGAGGUCAUUGAAAGCGUUGUCUCCAGAGAGAUGGAUAAGCGCUACCUGCAGUUUGACAUUAAGGCUUUUGUGGAUAAUAAUCCUGCCAUUCGCUGGUGCCCCGUAGCCAGAUGUGAAAGAGCCGUGCGACUGACUAGACCCGGACCUGGAGCCUCUGACUCUCGGAGCUUCCCUUUGCUCAAAGCUCCCGCUGUAGACUGUGGGAAAGGCCAUCUCUUCUGCUGGGAGUGUCUUGGUGAUGCUCAUGAACCCUGUGACUGUGAGACAUGGAAGAUGUGGCUGCAGAAGGUGUCUGAGAUGAAGCCUGAAGAAUUGGCCGGUGUGAGCGAAGCUUAUGAAGAUGCUGCCAACUGCCUGUGGCUGCUCACCAACUCCAAACCUUGUGCCAACUGCAAAUCCCCCAUCCAGAAAAACGAAGGCUGUAAUCACAUGCAGUGCUCGAAGUGCAAGUAUGAUUUCUGCUGGAUUUGUCUUGAGGAAUGGAAGAAACACAGCUCCUCUACCGGAGGAUACUAUCGAUGCACGCGCUACGAGGUCAUCCAACAGGUGGAGGAACAGUCCAAGGAAAUGACUGUGGAGGCAGAAAAAAAGCACAAGAGUUUUCAGGAACUUGACUGUUUUAUGCAUUAUUACACACGAUACAAGAACCACGAACACAGUUACCAGUUAGAAGAAAGACUCCUGAAAACAGCCAAAGAGAAGAUGGAGCAACUGAGUAAAGCUUUCAUUGGAAGGGACGGAGCCCCACCUGACACCACGUUCAUUGAGGACGGUGUGCAUGAACUUCUCAAGACUCGACGCAUCCUUAAGUGCUCUUAUCCAUAUAGUUUCUUCUUGGAGCCCAAAAGCACAAAGAAAGAAAUAUUUGAACUUAUGCAGACUGAUCUAGAGAUGGUCACUGAAGACCUCGCUCAGAAGGUGAACAGGCCUUACCUCCGCACCCCUCGCCAUAAGAUCAUCAGUGCCACGUUUCUGGUGCAGCAGAAGAGACGGGAGUUCUUGGCUUCUGUGGCUCGAGGUGUCGCUCCAAAUGAUUCACCCGAGGCUUCGCGCCGCAGUUUUGCUGGUGGGACGUGGGACUGGGAGUAUCUGGGAUUUGCCUCUCCUGAGAUGGUGAGGAAUCACCCAGUACGGGGAUCAAAUGCACAGCGUGAGAACAAUUACAAUGCAGGAGGCCAGCCGCAGGAAUACUCUGAGUUCCAGUACAGACGGAGACACCGACAGCGGCGUCGAGGAGACUUGCUCCGACUCCACAGCCUUCGCAGUAACACCCCCGAACCACACGACCCCACUGACACCACUUCAGAAACGCAUGAGGGAGGCAGUUCACAAAGGCAUGGGAUCUCCACGGCACUUGAUUCUCUGGAUGAGGAUGACCCCAAUAUUUUGUUGGCUAUUCAGCUGUCCCUACAGGAGUCCGGGCUGGCCUUGGACCCCGAGCCUCAGGAUGGUCUCAGUAACGACGCCUCUGUAGGGGCCAGCGGUUCCUCUCUGUCCUCUAGACUGGAUUCUGCGGAUCCUCCCCGGGCUUCCAUGAGCAGUUCUGAGCUUCUGGAGCUGGGAGACAGCCUUAUGAGACUGGGCAACAUUACCAGCCACUACACACCCUUUAACAUGAGCUCCUUCCCUGAUGCCUUCACCCCGAGUGACCCAGACUGCCUGGACCCUUCCACCAAUGCCAACCUGCUUGGCAACAUUAUGGCCUGGUUCCACGAUAUGAAUCCACAGAGCAUCGCACUGAUUCCCUCUGCCACCUCGGAUGCCGGUCCCGAGCCACUCGCUUUUGGAGAGGAACAACCUGCCAAAGCCCAGGACGAGGAGAACGAAGUGGAAGACUCCCUAACACUGACAAAAGGAAGUUCAGAAAUGUUAGCGACGCAACUUUUGGAGCUAGAAUGUGUGGAUGAUGCGCAACCUCCUAAAGCAGAGCCAGGCUUGGAGGAUUCGGGCAGUGUAGAUCUCACUUGUGCAGUUUGUCCUGAAAGCAGUGCUGAUCGGCAGGAAUCCUCGGAGUGGGAGGAGGAAGUGCACCUAGUGUGAGGAAUGAGUCCAAUUACAUUUACCAACUGAGUGCUCUUAUUGUGCCAAAACACUAAAUAACAAAACAAAACUGCUCGUGCAAAAAUGGAGAAGUGUGAACGACGAGGUGCAGUGGGGUUAGACGGGACUCGUCUCGGUUGUGUGUUGCACCGCAUCUGGUGGAAGAAACCAGAAAACUCCGAACUCCGAUUCAAGCUAAAGAAAGUAGAUCAGUGAAGAUUGGGUCUCAUUCACUAACUGUAUUUGUGUUUUUGCACAGAAAUCAUAGUUCAUCAAUAAGUUUGCACUUUUUUUUCUACACUCCGCAAAUUAUUUUGAACCAACUAAAACGGCAUGCAUGGAAAAACCAGAUCUCG